GCCAGGAAAAUGCUCGUGGUUAGCUUUGUGGUUUAGCUUGCCCUGGAUUCUACUGUGGGAAGUUAUGCUCCAUGGAAAUGAAGAAGUCAUGGGAGCUUCAUCGGUUUCUGGCAGAUUUUUAUGCCAGCACAAAUUGUCUCCUUCUCUCAGAGUGAAGAAACCUCGGUCUUGUGUUAUCUAUGCAACAUGGCUGAAGAUACACCUACUUGUUGUCCUCCUUGCAGGUCAAGCUUUUGGUCAACUAAACUCCACUUCCAACAUUGUCGCCCCUACAACAGCUGCACAGACCUCAGUGUUUUACUUCCUUGAUUUCACCGUGGAUGUCACUGGACCAGGGAAGACUGAAUCUGAAAUCAUUGCCUGGCUUGACCAGGUUUUCCGAAGUGAGCUGGGGCACUGCUUGUUUCCAUACACAGGAGCAACAACCACUGCACCAACAUCUGCCCAAACUUUAAAUGUGACAGAACAAGUGGCAACACCAAAGACUUAUAACUCAACAAUAACUGCAUUUCACACUUCAUUGCAAAACUAUAGUGCAACUACAAAGGCAACAGCGUUAAACGGCCACACAACUACAUCUGCAAAAACAUUAAAUGACAACACAACUACAGCUGCAACCACGCUAAAUGGCGACAAUACGAGAGCUGCAACAGCAUUAAAUGGCAACAACACAGCAACGUUAAGUGGUGACAACACAAUGACCGCUGCAACAACAUUAAAUGGCAACAACACAGCAACGUUAAAUGGUGACAACACAACGACAGCUGCAACAGCAUUAAAUGGCAACAACACAGCAACGUUAAGUGAUGACAACACAAUGACCGCUGCAACAACAUUAAAUGGCAACAACACAACGACAGCUGCAACAGCAUUAAAUGGCAACAACACAGCAACAUUAAGUGGUGACAACACAACGACUGCUGCAACAGCAUUAAAUGGCAACAACACAGCAACAUUAAGUGGUGACAACACAACGACUGCUGCAACAGCAUUAAAUGGCAACAACACAACGACAGCUGCAACAGCAUUAAAUGGCAACAACACAACGACAGCUGCAACAGCAUUAAAUGGCAACAACACAGCAACAUUAAGUGGUGACAACACAACGACUGCUGCAACAGCAUUAAAUGGCAACAACACAACGACAGCUGCAACAGCAUUAAAUGGCAACAACACAACGACAGCUGCAACAGCAUUAAAUGGCAACGAUGCAACAACAGCUGCAGCAGCGUUAAAUGGCAACAUUACAACUAGAGCUGCAACAACACAAGUAAUUGGAAACAGCACAACACCAACUACAGCAGCAGCGUUACAUGGCAACACAACCACAGCUGCAACAAUUACUGUGUUGAACGACAACACGACAACAGUUAUAACAUCAAAGGCAUCAAUCGAUAGCACAAUAGGUAUAGCUGCAGAAACUAUAACAUUAGAUGGCAACAUAACAUCAACAGCAGCAACAGCAACAACUACAGCAUUAAAAUCCAACAGUCUAAUCACUGCUGCUGAAAGUGUAGUUCUAAGAAACAACAGUCCAACCACAACGACACCUAAUCCUAUUUUGCCAUCUUUGACUUCGACCACCAUCCAGAUACCCUUUUUAUCAAACACCCCUGUGACCACACAGCCACCUACUCUUCAAAUUACCUCUGUGACCACGCAGCAAUCUAAUCCUCAAAUCAUGCCUUCAAGUCAGCAAAGGAGGAAGCGUGUAGCCCGGCAGAUCAGCGACAGUGUGACACAAAGCAGCAAUGACACAAAUUUGCUUUUUCAAAUCAUGGGCGUGAGCUGCUCCAUCAAAACUGAAAUAAAUCAUACCAACUGCACCGUCUUGCUUCAGCUGAGCAACAGAAUACCAUUGUGCUGUAUCCUCCAAACACUCUGUGCUGCCAGUAGAAAUUCCUUUGACACAUUUGUGGUGGGAAACAGGGCACGUGAAACAAGUCCACUACAAAACCAGUGCCAUUGCAACUCAGAGGAGCCAAACAGAUGCAUUUAUUCUGGUCCACAGGGUAAACAAUGUGUGGAAUCUGGUCCUGCAUAUGUCAUUCCAGCAAUAAAUUCAACAGACUGUAGUACAGGGAACAGGUGCAACUGCUCUUCCUACUGCAACAAACCAGAUGCUUACUACACUUUUUCAAUUUCACUACAAGAUCCAACAAUAAGCUCUUCAUUUGUCUCUUCUCUGAUUUCCAUGCUGACACAUUCACCAAACUGCUCUAUUGGUAACCAUGUUACAUGCCCAUCAUUGUCAAUUAUUGCAUCUGAAUACAGGAGCGCCAGUGUGGACUGUAAAAUGACGGGAACAGAUCAAAGCUGCAGAGUGAUUUUAGGCUUUGCUCAAGAAGUGCCAGUUUGUUCAGUGGCAGAAGCUGUUCUGAAUGUGUUUCUACCUGAAGAAAAGAUCCAUUAUGAUGGGCACGUGAGUAGAGCAGCAAUUUGUGGAUGUGCAGAAGUCAAUGCCAACUCACUGAACGUCCACUUCACAUAUAUUAACAGUGACUUAAAGCCAGCUAACUUUUGUCUUGAAAUACAGGGCUCUAACUUCCUUACAUGCCAAACUGGAGAAACUUUGCUUGUGAAUUUGAAGGAGUACUGUGUUCUGCCUACCACAACUAGUCCAAAUGUCACAGUUACUACUAAUAUGACUAGCAUAAAUGCAACAACUAGCCCAAAUGUGACUAGCCUAAAUGCAACAACUAGCCCAAAUGUGACUAGCCUAAAUGCAACAACUAGCCCAAAUGUGACUAGCCUAAAUGCAACAGCUAGCCCAAAUGUGACUAGCCUAAAUGCAACAGCUAGCCCUAAUGUGACUAGCCUAAAUGCAACAACUAACCCAAAUGUGACUAGCCUAAAUGCAACAGCUAGCCCAAAUGUGACUAGCCUAAAUGCAACAGCUAGCCCUAAUGUGACUAGCCUAAAUGCAACAACUAACCUAAAUGUGACUAGCCUAAAUGCAACAGCUAGCCCACAUGUGACUAGCCUAAAUGCAACAGCUAGCCCAAAUGUGACUAGCCUAAAUGCAACAGCUAGCCCUAAUGUGACUAAUCUAAAUGCAACAGCUAGCCCAAAUGUGACUAGCCUAAAUGCAACAGCUAGCCCUAAUGUGACUAAUCUAAAUGCAACAGCUAGCCCAAAUGUGACUAGCCUAAAUGCAACAGCUAGCCCUAAUGUGACUAGCCUAAAUGCUACAGCUAGCCCUAAUGUGACAAGCCUAAAUGCAUCAGCUAGCCCAAAUGUGACUAGCCUAAAUGCAACAGCUAGCCCUAAUGUGACUAGCCUAAAUGCAACAACUAACCCAAAUGUGACUAGCCUAAAUGCAACAGCUAGCCCAAAUGUGACUAAUCUAAAUGCAACAGCUAGCCCAAAUGUGACUAGCCUAAAUGCAACAGCUAGCCCACAUGUGACUAGCCUAAAUGCAACAGCUAGCCCUAAUGUGACUAAUCUAAAUGCAACAGCUAGCCCAAAUGUGACUAGCCUAAAUGCAACAGCUAGCCCUAAUGUGACUAAUCUAAAUGCAACAGCUAGCCCAAAUGUGACUAGCCUAAAUGCAACAGCUAGCCCUAAUGUGACUAGCCUAAAUGCUACAGCUAGCCCUAAUGUGACAAGCCUAAAUGCAUCAGCUAGCCCAAAUGUGACUAUUAGCAUUAAUCUGACAACAGUGAAUCCAACAGUACAACCAAGCAACAACACUUUGACUCCAACAACAACCCCCAAAACCCAACAGAACACAACAUGGGUCCAAUCAGUGAACACAUCUGCUCCUGGAGAAAAACCAUCAUCAAACACAACUACAACCACUACAAAUAUAUCUGUUUCUGUAAACACCUUAGUGAGUCCGGCGGGAAAUGGAACCGCUGAAAGCCAAGCCAAAGAACUGCUUGCACUGACUCAAGAUGUGUCAAAACUGACCACAGCGCAGAUAGAACAGCUGGUUUCACAGCUGGAGAAGCUUUUGUCAGGCCCAACGAUCAGCAAGGAACUGGGAGACAUCUCCGUCAACAUUGUCAGCAGUCUGCUAGAUGCUUCAGCUGACAAGCUAUCAAGCUCCUCUGACAGGAUUAUAGGGAUUGUUGACACAGUGGGUUUAAAGUUGGUCAUUAAAGACACUGCAGAGAGCUUGCUGCACCGGUCUCUGGCUGUCUCUGUGAAACCAGCAGAUGGCACCAACUUUCAGGAGACAAUUUUUUCCAUCUUAGAUCCAAGUAAUGUACAGGUUCGAGGGAAUCCAAGGAUGAAAAGGAGCAUAUUAAAAGGCUCCUCCAUCCCUCAGGGCUCAAUUACUCUGCCCCCCAGCCUCACUCAAAUUCUAACCACUGAAGAACAACUUCUGGUCUCCAGAGUCCAGUUCAAUUUCUACCAGAAGAGCACAGUCUUCAAGGAUGACUCAUUAGGGGAUCGCAGACUUAACAGUGGCAUCUUGGGAACAAGUGUGGCCAAUCUGUCAAUCAAAGGUCUGCAAGACAGUGUUGUAAUUCGCCUAAGAAACACAGGACCUGUUCCAGCUAAUUUUGUGGCAGUGUGUGUUUUCUGGGACUUCACAAUGAACAGUGGCUCAGGUGGCUGGAACUCCGAUGGCUGCUUUGUCAAAAACAAGACAGACAAUGAGACAGUUUGUGGCUGCAACCAUUUAACCAGUUUUGCUAUCUUGCUAAACCUCUCCAGACAGACUGUAACCAGCCGUGUUCAGGCCACCAUCCUCACCUUCAUCACAUAUAUAGGUUGUGGACUUUCUGCUAUCUUCCUGUCCAUCACUCUCCUCACCUACUUGACAUUUGGAAAGCUGCGUAAAGACAUCCCAUCCAAAAUUCUGAUCCAGCUUUGCACAGCUCUUCUGCUGCUGAACCUGGUCUUCCUGGUGGACGCUUGGCUCGCUCUCUAUCCGGAUGCUGUGGGCCUCUGCAUUUCCACAGCCUGGUUCCUUCACUACUUCCUACUGGCUUCCUUCACCUGGAUGGGGCUCGAGGGUGUCCACAUGUACUACGCGCUCGUGAAAGUCUUCAACGACAACAUAUCCCGCUACAUGCUGAAGUUCUCGCUGGUGGGCUGGGGAGUCCCAAUGAUAGUGGUCAUUAUUGUGAUCGGUGUUGACAAGAACAUCUAUGGCCUCGUGUCCUAUGGAAAGUUUUCAGAUGGCACCAGUGAUGAAUUCUGCUGGAUAAAAAACAACAUUGCCUUUUACGUGGCAGUUGUGGCCUAUUUCUGUGUCAUUUUCAUCUUCAACGUCAUCAUGUUUAUUGUGGUCUUAGUCCAGUUGAACCGGAUCAAAAAUCAGAACCCUCACAACAACAGGCACCGCAGCGUAUUGCAGGAUGCACGCAGUGUUAUUGGGAUCAGCAUCCUCCUAGGGCUCUCAUGGGGGUUUGCCUUUUUUGCCUGGGGGCCUGUUAAUCUGCCAUUUAUGUACCUCUUUGCCAUCUUCAACUCCCUGCAAGGUUUCUUCAUAUUUGUGUUCCACUGUGCGGUGAAAGAAACCGUCAGGAGGCAGUGGAGGGUCUACCUGUGCUGCGGCAGAAUGAGACUCACGGAAAACUCAGAGUGGAGUCGCACUGCAACACAGAAAAACACAAAGAAUUCCCCACUGACCUCCUUUACAUCCUCACAAGGCAGUCAACCAUCCAGGUCCUCUUUUCUGGCCAGGACACCUCCAGUGCAGAGGAAUGGCAUUGGAAACCCAGCUGAAGACAGAAUAAUCACAGCUGAUGAAGAGCCGAGUACAGAUGUGGUUCUCAACGAGAUCAACAGACAGCUCAGGAGCCGACGAGGAUCCUGAUCCACAAAGAGCAGCUUAUAAACUCACACGUUAUUAUAGGUGUAUAUAAAGUACCUGAGAAUUAUAUUUAUGUAUUAUCCAUCUCCAGCUCAUAUGUAUUCGUUAAAUGAUUUCUAAGAAAUUCCACGUAUAAAGUUGAACAUUUGGUUUUUUUUUUAAACACUAAAGCCAUAUUUUUUGCUUAUUUAUACAUGCUCUUUAUUUAACAAAUGUAUUUAUUUACUUACUUUCAGACAAAAUUAGUUAAAUGUGACAGAUUUAAUGAUCUUAUGUACAUGCCUUUAUAGAAUCUAAUCGCCAUUUCUUAAAUGCCUCAAACAGGAUAUCCUGUCCAGACAGUAAACAAGUCUAAAAGGUGUUUGUCUUCUGAAGGCUAGUGCAGCUUUUUUUAUGUAAUAGAAAGGCAGAGAAGCAUUCAACUGGUUGCAAUGCUAUUUCCACUUCUGGAUGUCGGUAUGCAGCUCAAAUCUAACCUUUGGUAUUUUUGCUCUACAAAUGUUACUUAAAUGAGGAAAAGAAGAAACCAUUUCCCCCAAAACUCUUUAAUUGUAUAUGGUCAAACAAUUUAUCAGAACAGCAUUUGUUGAGUUUAUAAUGAACGAAUAAAUAAAUGGCCCAGAGGGUCCAUCUAA